GGAAAAACUGCUGAAACCUGAAAGGGUUUUUGGAAGACAUAUUGCUUCUAUCCACAAGGCGACGUUGUAAGAAAUACAUUUUCUGUUAAAAUUUAACUUCAACUAAGCUAAACUCUAGUUGUCGCUGUGCUUAAGCCCAUAUUACACUGGAAAUUAUCAUUCAGAAAGUCUGUUUGGCUCCAUUUUUUGAAUUGCCGAAAUUUAAAGGCAAUUUUGAUUGAUGUAAAUACCAUUACAAGGCUGAGUCUGCAGGCGUCAAUAGCAUGUAUCAGCAAAUGUUAUAAAAAGACUGAGUGUGUAGGAAAGGCAUUUAAAGUUAAAGGAAAUGGAAGAUGAAGAUGAAGGGCUAUCAUCCCAUGACACAGGCUGUGAGUUUCUGUGCUGGGGGUGUGGAGAGUUCGGUCAGCACUGUCACGGUACGUCCAGCGACGUCUCGUUCACUGACAGCCGAGUUGCGUCGCUUAGUCCCACCGACCCACGUCACCAAGUGAGGCUGGCGGCCAGCGGGUCGAGUCACAACAUCGCUGUCACCAAUUCCAACGAGAUUUUGGUUUGGGGCAAUGGAAACAGUGGACAACUUGGCUGUAAUGGUAAUGACACACUACUGGAGCCCACUCACCUGACCCUGCCCUCCGAGCAUGCUGCACUCACUCCUGUCAAAGGCGUGGCCUGUGGGGGACGGCACACCAUGCUGUGGCUGGAAAACGGACAUGUCUACGCUUUUGGCAAUAACUUCUACGCCCAGCUUGGAUACAACUUUAAAGAGAUAAAUUACAAAGAAAAUAAGCCUUGCCCCACAUUGCUACAGUUCUUGAUUUACCGACCAGUGAUGAAGGUGUCGUGUGGUGACAAACACACUCUGUUUCUGUUUAAAGAUGGAACUUUAGCAGCUAUGGGAAACAAUGUUCAUGGUCAGAUCGGUGUGGGCACGUAUCAGGAAGCAGUGGUGCCGAACUUCAACAUAUCUGUGGAGAAACCGGUGAAAGACAUUGCGUGUGGCGCCAACCACAACAUAGCCAUAUCGGAUGAUGGUGACGUCUAUGUGUGGGGGUACAGUAAGGGCUGCGGCCACCGCAGACACAACGUCUUAACACCGGAACUGUUUCUCACCCAUCACAACGUCGUACAGGCUGCUGGGGGAAGUUGUCACAGCAUCGUUCUUACAGCUAAUGGUAACGUGUACACGUGGGGGUCGGGAGUGGAUGGAGAACUCGGUCACGGUCAGUCUAUCAUGUUCCUGCACCGACCCCGGCGACUCACGGACUCCGACCUGCAGGGCUGUGUGGUGAAGAUCGCGUGUGGCGAGGAAUUCAGUGCCGCAGUCACAAAUUCCGGCAAGCUGUACAUGUGGGGCAAGAACAGUCAUACGAUUUCGGCAGGUCAGAGGUCAUCAUAUUCUGUUGCGUACCCUCAGUGCAUGAACGAGACCGGGUGGCCGAGAAUAAAAGAUAUUUUCUGUGGCGCCUGGCAUGCUGCUGCAGUAACAGGAACAUCGGACUGGUGCCCUGCUGGCUAUGAGUCUGAGUGUAACUCGAGUGAAGAGGAUCAGGAAGAGGUGCUCAGUAUUGUCAGCAAGAGCAUGGCAUCAGAAGCAGAUCACAUGGAAAUCAAGGACGAAAAUUUUGCCGAGAAUGAGUUUGGUGAUUUUGAAACUUUGACUAUGCCAGUUCCAGUGUGUGACCAUCAGAGCAUUGUACUGGAUAGAAAUAUGACUAAACUGACUAUCGCAGAGUUCUACGCACCAUCACCAUCCCCAGUUAAAAACAUGGGUGGCCAUACAGUUUCCAAGAAGGUAUCAUCAGUAUCUGAUGCCGACAGAGUGACGACCGCCGCCAGUCCAGACAAACGGUCUUCUGCUGGAUCUCGAUCUCUCGUUGUCCAGAUGCCAGCAUCAGUGUUAGACUCGGACUCUUCCAGCCAGUCUUCCAAAUCUGCCAAAAACCCUGACGAUGACUGUAAUGAAAGCCAACCCGAUGUCAGAAAGACCCAGUCAGCUCAGAGCAAAACUUUUUGUUCUUGUUCUUGUUCUGUGAGGACAAACAGCAGACUGAUGCUCAAGAAGGAAUCGCUGAAACUUGGAUCAGGAUUGAGUCGGUCGAAGACUCUGAUGUCCAAUAGAGAGUACCAGCGAACGGUACAGCUGAGCAAGAAGUCGGCCAGUAGUUAUGUUCCUCCGAGAGAGAAUACCUUCGUGUCCAGCACGAGUUUCAAGUUUGUCAGUGCCGAAGAUCUGCUGACCACAGCUCCGGCUGGUCAUCGCGGGUCAGGGGCAGGGGAGACUGGAGAAAACAGCCUGAUUAAAAAACAGAAAGACCGCAUGGUGGGGAUUCUGAAACACUCAAAGCAAAUCAAUGGGAUACAUUCUCCUGCCAGAACACAUUAUUUGGCUCAUCGAUCUAAAACCUCAAUGGUUCCUCCUGGUCAUUUUCUUCGAGGAGACAACUCGAGAAUCUUCAACAAGCUGAAAACAUCUGCUCAACGUUCAGCCAUGACAUCACAGUCUGUAGUGGAGUUUGCCUCACAAAAAACUCAUGGUGUUACUUCCAGAACUAAUCCUCAAUUUGUGCAGGAGUCUAGUGGACAUCCUGGUCUCGAAAAAACCUUCAGUACUUUACACCAAAGAGCUCACACGGACCUGUCCUCGGCUAACAGGAUGUUGUUAAAUGGCUCCCAGAAGGAGCAGACUCUAUUUGCUGAGAAUCUCAAGAGAAAGCAGAGGCCAAUAUUUUCUAGUGCAUCAUCUUGGAGAAACAAAAGAGACCUAGAGACAUUGUCUGUAAUAUCUUUACCAAGUUGUCUGUCUCCUCUAGCAAGUAAUUCUCCAAACACUGUGGCAUCUACACCAAGUAAUCGAUCACCUAUUGUGAAAAAUAUGCCAAGGACAAAUUCAGACAAAGAUCGAUGCUUAGGAUCUGAGAAACACAUGAGUGGAAAGGGACCAUGUUCUGCAGAUGUCAAUGGUCAUAUGACGUCUUCAGAGAUGUCCGUUUCCAGCAAUGCUCACUUGAAAUCUUCCAGUGCCAGUCGAAGAGGUUUAGCUCGAAAUCCUCACAAGAUUCUUGGGACAGCAAUAAUUCACCCAAGACCUAAAAACUUCCCUGGUCAGAUUGGUGAUGAACAUCCUUCGGUGCAUCAAAUAAAAGAUGGUGUUUAAGUUUUUCUAGACUGUUGAGCAAAUCUUGGAAGAACAACACUAAAGUUGUGUUUUAUUUGAGAAACUGGCCCAUUCAUACAAUAGUUAAGUCAGGACCUAUGGCUCAAAGUCCAAAUUUAAGACUGGGUCUAAAGUCUAGGCUUUAUAAACUGGUGUUUAGUUGCAAGGUUUAAACUGUCUAACUUCAAGUUAGUUCAGCCUGUUAAUGCUACAUAAAGGUAUUGGCAUUAUUGUGACAUGAAACAUAUAUGCAGUCUAAGUUGAAGCCUUAGGAUCUGUAGCACUUGCAGUCAGUUCAACAUGAUGAAUACUGAAUAGAUUUAAGUGCUUGCCAUCCUGAACAUGUUACACACCAAAGUUUUAUAAGCAUGAGCCAUAGUUGAAGUAUAAGAAGGUAGGUAGGUAACUGGUUUAACAUGCUCAUAUACCACUAGGGUUUCGAGUACGCCCAUCCCAAGUCUGGCCUCCAAUAAGAUGAGGGGCCCGACUCGGGACAUUAGUAUAAGACAAAGAUUGCUCAGCACACCAAGCAGUGUGAGUUGAUAGGUGACUGGCUCCUAUGGGUGACAGCAUCAAGUGAAGCAUAGACUUUCGUGAAGCCAGUAUCAAUGUGUUUGAUGCUACAGGUUUGCAUGUAGGCGGAUUUUCUUACAGUCUGAAUGUUGUUGUGGUUCUACCAACAUGGACUUAAGUUUUGCUUAUCUUUGCUUCUCUUCAGACUUCAUUUCUUGAUAUUAGGAUUCUGUGAAAUCAGCUUGAAGUAGCAAAGAAAAUUUGACGAUUGUGACAAGUGACCUGUCUUGUUACCAGACUUGGGGUCCUUUUAGAAUGAAUCACAUACAGUAAAAUAAAAUGGUUUGUGUCAAUAGAAUUCAGUGUGUGUGAGGUAAUUAUAAAUAGCCAAUUAAACUAUUUUUGAGGA